AUGACCAACACCGUUGGGCUUGUCCUUUCCCUCUACUAUGUCUUCACUUACUUCUCCGUCGCCAAGCUGUCUGAACGGUGGACGGUGGUGAGGACAAGAAGCACGCGCACCAUGUCUUUCCCGCUUUCAAUCAUGAGCUGUCUGGUGACCCUUUCUUGGACCGCCUACGGUCUACACGUGGCCGACAACUUUAUCUUCUACCCGAACGCCGUCGGGUAA